UUUUUUAUGGAAAAUAGUAUUUACAAUACAUGUCUUUAUUUUUUCAAAAUAAAAAUUAUUUUUUAUAAUACCUCAAACAUUGGCGCGACGAUAUUACAUUCAAGGGCGUAACAAUAAUAAGAAUAGUAUGCACAAUUUAUAUACACAUACGAUAUGCUUAAUAAUAGUAUUAAUAUAUUGGAAACUCUUUAUCUAUUCUGUAAUGCCAAGCAUAAAGGCCACCAACAAUAUCACGUAUCGUAUGAGAUGGAAACUUGUUGCACAUGUGUUGAACGGCUAUUUGGGAGUCGUUGCCUCUUCGGCAAAGCACAAUUAUCGGCAGUUUUUCAUCAGCUAAUUCAUUAGGAAAUCGUUCUAUAAAUUUAUUGUCUAAAAUUUCCUUCAGAGGCACAUUAACAGAGGACGGCAGACGACAGAUCUCGAACUCGUUUUGUGGUCUCACAUCAAUUAGAAGAUGAGGUUGCGAUCGCAUAUCGAUAUACUGACACACAUCUAUACGUUCCUCUGAUGGAAUCAGCUGAAGUGGUUGAUUAUCGUCAGAAGCGUGCAUGCUGCAGAAAUGUUCAUAGUCGAUUAGUUGAGUAAUCAUUGGAUUCUCUGAGCAUACUUUGCAAUCACUACUCCUGCGACGUAGCUUUAUAUUUCUAAAUAUACCAUUUAUACCAUCGAAGAUUAGUAGUUUUCCUGCAAGUGUUUCACCCACACCAGUGGCAACUUUAAUUGCUUCCAAGGCCUGCAUAGAACCAAUUACUCCAGUGAUAGCACCCAUUACACCACCGUCUCCGCAGUUUGUUACGGCAUGUGGAGGAGGUGGCACAGGAAAGAUACAUCUGUAACAUGGGCAUGUAUCGCCAUAAUGGUAAACAGUUAGCUGGCCAUCGAAUUGCAAAGCACUGCCCGACACCAAAGGCUUAUUUAAAAGUACGCAUGCAUCGUUUAGCAAGUAGCGUGUUACAACAUUAUCUGUACAAUCCAAAAUCACAUCAUACUGCUUAAUAAUAUCUAGCGCGAAACUGCUGUCCAACAUAAGUUUGUGCAAAUCGAUUUGGCAGUUGGGAUUAAUUUGCUCUAAAGCACGUUUCGCUGAUUCUACUUUCGGCAAACCAAUAGUUCUCUCAGUAUGCAAUGUUUGUCUAUGUAAAUUGCUCCGAUCAACUGUAUCAUAGUCAAUUAAGCCCAAGCGACCACUUCCCGCAGCAAUAAGGUAUUGCGCUGCUGGGCAACCUAGUCCGCCCAUUCCUACAAUAAGAAAUGAAGAGUCUCUCAGCUUUGUUUGUGCAAUAACGCCAAAAUCAGGGAGUAUCAGUUGACGGCUGUAACGCUCUAUUUCAUCAUUUGUUAAAUCGUUAAUUCGAGGUGUGAAAAUACUAUUAGAUGCUCCUUCGCUGGCCACAUUAUCUGCUGCAUUUGCAUGUUGAGCUACCUGCAAAUCUUGAAGUUGGCGUGUUUUGUCCGCCAAUUUUAGACGGAGACUGCGAAUCUCCUCACUCAAGUUUGCCAAUUCAAUUGCAACAUUUUCCGGAUCAGCUGCCAUUUUAUAACAUAAACACUAUUUUAAAAUUAUCACAAGCACUUGACCAAAACUUUAUUAUUGAUAAGGCAAACAGGAACAAAAACAUUUGUUAAUUAUGGCAAUAAGGUUGCCAUAUUUACGUUUUCGUGAAGUUAGCGAAACAAUUUGAUUAAAAAUUACUUUUGCUAUAACUAAUAAUGAAGUUUAAUUGUUAUAAUUUAACUAUGAGUCAAUAUAGUCAAAAUGUAAAGUCUUGAAAUUAUUUUACAAUAACGUUUAAGGUUUAGGCUACAAAAAAUCCUUAUGCGGGAAAUAUAGAAUCUACGUUCUCUAUGAUAUAUUCCUAAGCAUAGGGUAAAUGACAAAUGUCAAAAAGCAAAACACGAAUGUCAAUAUAAACGAAACGUCAGAUUUUUUACUACUCAAGCGAAUAGACAUUUAACAAAACUAAAGCGGCUUGUCUAAAAUUUGUGAAUACUACAAUAUUUGGUGUUUUGAUCAAUUUAUUGCGAUAUUUGCCAAGAAUUAAAAAAAUACUAAAAUACGUUCAUAUACUUUUUAAAUUUAUACAAAACAUAAAUACAGCUAAUCCUAAUAGUGUAUAUAAAAAAAAGAACUUCUGCGGAACGCGUAAAAUAAGCCGCAGUUGCUAAAAUGGAGAACAUUAAGUCAAAUUUUGAUAAAAUAAUGGAGAAAUUUAAUGACAGUAUAACACAUUCAGCGCCAAAAAAACUUAGUUUCGAAUAUCUAACCGAGUCCUUGAAUGAUUCUGGUACUUUACCCAAGAAACGACGCCACGAUAACUCUAAUAUCAGUUGUGACGAUAGCAAUGCAUCUGUAAGCAGCAUUCCACCGAGUCCUUGGGAAACACGUAGAAUUAAAGCUGAUUUAAUUGAAGCCAAGUCGCGAAUUUCUAAGUUAAAGACAGAAAUAGAGCGACAACAUAAACUAAGGGCCGAAGUAGAAACGCUUUAUGAGAGUAAAGUAAUGGAGUUGAAGAAACAGUGUGACUUCUCCGCUAAUAAAGUUCAGGAUGUCGAGAAGCACUUGCAAGUUGUGCGCAAACGUGAACAUGGCGCCAAGCAAGAGCUUUUGCGGACUCAGCGGGAACUAACACAACUAAAACAUCGAUAUGAAGAGGAAUUGCAUAAACUUCAAAGAGAUAAAUUAGAAACUGAAGAUCACUCACGGCAAAUACAAAAUAGCAUGGAGAAUGAAUUAAGCGAAUAUCGCCGACAUACAGAUAAACUAGAAAUGGAGUUGCAAUUAUUAACCGAUGAAAUGACUAAUUUAAAAAGCGUCCUCAAAGAGUACAAACAACAUUCAUCGUCUUACGAAACUCUCAAAACAGAACAUGAAAAAGAACAGCAAGAACUGGAAGUAGCCAACUCACGCAUUAAAGAAUUGGAGUACCAAAUAGCGUCUUAUGAAGAUUGGAAAGAAAUAACAAAGAAAUCACAAAUCCGUUUACUGAGCAUACCAGACAUGGAUAAAGAACUGGAACGUUUACGCACAAAUAACAAAAAUCUACAGGAAUUGCUUGGUAACAAACUGUUAUUAGAGGAGCAAGUGCAUGAUUUGAAGACUCGUUUAGCACGUGAGGAGGGUGGCCGCAAUGAGGCCGUGGCUCUCCAAGUAAAACUCUCACAUAUGGAACAAGAGCUCAAAGACUGGGUUAAAGUUGCACAGGACCAUUGUCUGCCUAACAUGUUGGUUAGCCCGAUGGCUCUGCGAUCACGAAUUGAGCAGUUACUACAAAACGACAUAAUCAUGAUAAGCGAAAAACGAAGCACACAAUCUGAAACUAAGUCCAUCCGAUCUGAUUUACUUGAUUAUAAGCAGAAAUGUGAAAUUUAUGUUAAGAACAUAGAAGAACUCAACGUGGCGCUGAAAAGGCAUAAAAAUUUCAAGGAACGCAUACAGCGCAAAUUGUUUUUGGUAUCUAAAGAACGUGAUUGUUACAAACAACUGCUGGAAAACUUCGAAAAGGAUCUCACAUUCUCCAACGCCAAUCAUGCUGUAGAUAGUGGUAAUGGCGAUGUACAACUGCGUUCAAGAUUGGAUAUGUUAGAGAAGACUUUGGUAGGCUACAAAGACAUGUGCUCCAAUUUGGAAAAAGAGUUGACCAACGCCAAACAACUACCUGUUGCCGAUCAGUCUAUUGAAAAUGUUAUCAGCACUGAAACCUAUGAACACACAAAGAAAGAAUUGGAUACGAUGAGAUUAGAAAAUGAGCGUUUGAGACGUCGUAAAGAGGAAUUGGAACUAGAACUGGAACAUCGUUGCUUGAAAGGUGACUUCAAUGUGGGCAAAUUCAAAGUGGUGCAUUUGGCGCAAAACCCCGCGGCCGAGGCAUACGAAAACUCCAAUAAUUUAAUUGAAAAAUUACAGGCGGAGAUCGAACGCUUAAAGCGACGCAAUAAGAAAUUGGAGGAAGACAACGAAGUCACACAGGCGCGUAUGAAUGAGACAACAAAUAUGACCAUCAAUAUCAAAGAAAUGAAUCAAUUGCGCGCCGAACUUGAAGCUACCAAUUCUAAAAUGAAGAAGAUGAAGGAGGUCUAUAAAUCCGCAAGUAUGGAAUUUCGGGAAGUCUGUUAUUUACUCUUUGGCUAUCGAGUUGACAGAUUAGGACUAAACACAAACUACAAGCUAUCCAGUAUGUAUGCAGAAAGCCCUGAUGAUUAUCUCAACUUCCGUUUGAAUGAAUCGAAUAAUGCUUUAGACAUGCUCGAGACUCCCUAUUCAAUAACCCUAAAACCAUUUAUAGAGAGCCAGUUAGUGGGUAAUAAAUCGUUACCGGCAUUUUUGAGUGCUUUAACGCUCGAACUAUUCCAACGAUCUACGAUGACCAUGUCGUAAAGCACAUGCGAUUGAACUGUCAUCAAAACAAUAAUACCAACUCUCGCAACACUUUACAGCCUAUCACAUGAAAUCACAUGAAGGAGCCCAAGUUGCAAGGCGUCGAAACAAUAUAACUUACAUACAUACAUACGUACAUAUAUAUACAUAAUUAUUUUUCGGCAAUUUAUUUUUGCUAUGUAAUGCAUCUUAUGUGUAUUUAAUAAUAAUAAUUUGUUUGGCUCUAGCCAAGCUAAAUGCUCGUGUGCAAACGUUAUAUUUGGUUGUCAAAGAGAAUCAUUUAGGUUGGAUUAUAUCCGUAACGUAAUCUAACUUUGCUGCUCUUGCAUCAACUAUUAACGAACUUAAACACACAAAUAUUAGUGGCUGCCUACUUCUACAAAAGUAGCAACAGCGCGAACUGACUAGCGUUUAAAUAAUUUCCUAGACAGGCACACAUUCCAUUCUCAAUUUCACUUGGGGCGCCUAUAAACAAUCCGAAAUCACACUUCCUCGUUUUAUCGCGCAAAACCAAAAUUCAGUUAACAUAUAAAAAAAAAACUUUAAAAAUAGAUAUUCGCACGUCAUCAGCCGUGAAAAAACAAGAAGCUGUGUGUACAUACUUCAAAUAUAAAGAAUUCUUAAAAAAACACUGCUUAGAGACUGCAUAUUUUUUACUUACACAAGAUCAUUAAAAUUCAAUUAGGUUUGCGCAAUCAGUCUCAUAGUAUAUUUUUGGUGGAGCGGAAAAACAACACAAAUUCUUCUAGUUUAAUGUUUAUCUUCUUUUCUGCAAUGAUAAGAACGUGUCGCGAAUGCGAAGAAUUUUAUCGAGCGCGUUAUGGACCGGCGUCGGCUAACAAAGUAACAAUUAUACUAAUAGUUAAGGGACAGCCACACACAGCCUCUUUAUUUCGGCAGCACUUUUGCGUUCGCCUUCGCUUCGUCAUUCGAUUCUUAUUUGCGCCAUUGUUGUCCACACUAGCCCAAAGGAAAAGCACAAUAACAAAAUAAUAACAAAGCGACAA